ACAUUUACAUCUGUCGCCAUUUUGUUGUAACCGAGAGAAAAUACCGCUUUGGAUAUUGUAAUCAAAUAUACCGACAGCAGAUUCUCAUUAUGGCAAUGAUGCGUAGAGCUCCCCUACAAACUGUGGCACAGAGGGAGCGGCAGUUAGAGAAUUCCCGCAGGCAGGAAAACGUUCGAGAGGAGACCGUUCGUAACUUGGCUCGGGAAAAAAUGCUCGAGUCCAACAUGAAUCGUGAAGAGCGACUUGAUAGUAAACGGUUUCUAAGGACACAAAUGCAGGAACAUAAAGAGCGGGAAAUGGGAGAAACCAUUCUUAAGGCCCAAAGGGAUAGGAUACAACGUGAAGAACAAAUGGCUCAAGAGGAGAGGUUGGCACAAGAACUCGAGCGUAGGAAGCUGGACGGGAUUAGGGACGAAAAAAUGAGGCAACAAAUUAGAGAGACAAGUUUAGAGUUGCGGGAGCUAGAGGCGAAACUGAAGUCGGCCUACAUGAAUAAAGAACGCACUGCGCAGAUGGCAGAGAAAGAAGCGGUGAAAUUUGACAUUAUGGUAAGGUCACUGUUGUAG